GUACGUUAGAGGUCAUUAUGUCACACUGAGAUGUAUUGUAUACUGUUCAACUAAUCGUUGGAGUAUAUAACCCGACACCGUCGCUGUCGUCCAUAGUGAAUGUCAUACCCCCGUUAGCUUGAACAAGUUGUUGCGAUGGGGAACUGGGUGACGGGGGUAUCUGGCAGCGCUGCCACGGUUCAGGCUUUCAAUCCCCCCGCACAUGGUGACAAGAUCCUCAUACCCGUGGACGGAAGCUAUCAUGCUGCCAAUGCAGUCGAAUUCUACCUGAAGAAGCUACACAAACCGGGUGUCGAGAUUGUUUUCAUUUACGCAGCAAAGCGCCCUCAUGCAACUGGUGAUCAUGCCGUCAGUGAUGAUGACGAAGUAAAUGAGUUGGGAGGAUGCCGGCAGGAGGCCAGGAAGACAAGUAAAGGUCUGGAAAUGCAAUACAUGGCGAAAGUAAAUGAAUAUGGGUUGGAGAACUACAGAAUUGUUGGAGCCGAGGGCCACCCAGGCGAAUGCAUCAUCAAGGCAGCCACCUUGGAGAAGCCGACAAUGAUAGUGAUGGGGUCCCGUGGCCUGGGGCCUAUAGCCAGAACCGUCCUUGGGAGUGUCAGCCAUUACGUCAUGAGCCACGCAGACGUUCCCGUCCUUAUUUACAAAACUAAACGAAGUCGCACUUACUUGCAGCCGCCAGAAUCUUUUAUUGAAUCUAUUUGAGUGCCAACAAAUAACAGCUCAAAGUCCGAUUGAUAUGGCCCACCGAUUUUCUUAGUUCUGGGGAAGGGCCGGAUGGAGUACAAGAAGUCCGGUGGCGCCUGAACUUUCUACGAGUGCUCUCCCUGGCGUUGGACUCGAUAUAUAAAGCAACUCCGAGGGGGAGAUUUUUAACCUGUUGAAUAGAACACUGAAGCGACUUCUGAGCCGUUCAUUGUAUAUCAGAUGAAACACAAGAUUAUAAAAGAGUAAGACGCCCGCAAUUUGCAGCCGCCAGUUAUAACUACUAAAAGGGUACAAAAUCUCUAGUCUGAGGGGGCAUUGGUGAUCAGUCACUGUUACCUCCAGUGGUCUACUAUGAAACCAAUUGAUGACCGCAGAUACAGAUAUAUUUUUAUUGCUCAUCGCAGCGAAAAUGAUCGCAAGUCGCUGCGACUAAAAUCAAAAUAACGCUAUUUUAAUUUUUACUCUUGAUCCUUGGUUUAAUACAGACAACAUUCAAGUUACAGUAUU